UCAGUCUAUGUGUUUUAUUUCAGUUACCUUUUAACCCUAAUUAAAUUAAUUUAAUUAAAUUUAGCCUGUAUGUUAACCCAGAUACCCAGGGAUCUCUUUGAGAGAAAAAAACGUAACCAUGGUGACGUGUCAACAAAGUAGGAUCCCAUUCAGAUGUCAUCAAAAAUAGAACCAUACAGUCAAUGGAUAGAACACAGAGAAGCUCUUUCAGAGUUCUAUGGGCAGCACUUGGGCAGCACACACAGUCAAAAAAAAGUCUACCAGAUCAAGUGAGCAACCUUGUGAGGACACCAUUAUUGUUUUAUUCGCAGGUGAAUCAGUGGGUUUCUUAUGCAUGGAUAGUACAUGGACAAAGAAAGCAGCACCUUUCCACUAUAUGCUCCGCGCCUCUGGCCAGAGUGAGGUUUGGCAUGACUCAUUUAAAGAUGCCAAGUUGCGUCAAUUUGGAUGGCGUUGCUCCACCAGUGAAAACGCCUAUACCACUGCCACCUUGAUUGGCAAUUGGUCUGAGCAACGGUUUGAUAUGCGUUACUCUACAAAAGUACGCCGGCCACUGCCCUCUCAGUUUUCUGACUACUUUGAAACAACUUAUAGUUCAACCUACAACAAAGAUGAGAAAAAGCCCACUCAAAUCCCCCAUGCGAAGGAGCCUAGAAGCUUCCCUGGACAUCAGCCUGAGUUGGAUCCUCCGCACACCAAGUGUGUAGCAGACUCCAGCUAUAGACAGGACUUCAGAGCACAUGGACGAGAGCAGGAAAAAUGGUGAAACCUCACAAUACCCACAGGACAUCACAGUCUCCCAGGAGCAGUAGGAGAGCUCCCUGACAGGACAUCACAGUCUCCCAGGAGCAGUAGGAGAGCUCCCUGGCCUUAAAUACAGCAAACUCAAUCAUUUUUAUGUUGGUUGUUUUGUUUGCUUUGUCUUUCCAUGAAUAUUGAACCUGCUGAAAUGCUCCAUUUUGGAUGGUCAGAAUGAAGUCUGUAUAAGACUUUAGAACAGAAGAUAAGAAAAUAAGACUUUAAAACCAAACCUCCACACCUCUGAUUCUUGUAUAGAAUCCCUGCUCUAUUCUGUGGUAUACCUUACCCCCUUAUGUGAGUGGAAACAGUGACUGAAAACCGGAUAGCUGCAGUAAAGGAGGGCUCUGUUAUGGGGUUAAGUUUUGGGCCUACUGUGGCAUCAAAUGCAGAAGAUUAACCUCAAUAGCAUACUCCUCUAUAUGUAAAGUUACUGAUUAUUCUUUUUACUGCUAACUGAGUAAAACAGUAUUCAAGUA